GAAAAUCUACUUUAUAUAUCUUUAUACACAAUUUAAUAGUAGAAUUUAGAAAAAAAUACUUUUUACGAACUCAAAACAUUAAUGAAAUAGAAAAUUUUCGUUUUAUAAACUUUCCUAAUAUUUUUUCUGUCGCUAAAAUUUCUUUUGACGUCUUGCGUCGUCGCGAGUAUCUCGCGACUGCGGCUAAAAACGAACCGCAGAAACAGUCGCGACCCCACAUUGUGCGCAUCGUUACAUUUUUACUAUCCGUCCUCAUAUUGUGAGUUUUCAAAAAUUAUAAAAUAAUAAUAAUUGUGUACAGGGUUUUUUUUUUUAGAAUCUAUUCAUUAAUAGUGAAACAAAAGUUUUGAAAAUUGUGUACAAUUAUAUUAUAUUUUAAUCCACAAUAAAUGUAAUAUUACAUCCAGGUGAAGAAAAAAAAACCACGCAGGUGUUGGUGUAAACGAAUUAUUGAAACACAUGAACCGGUGAUUGUGAAAAUGACGAAUAUUGCCGGAUUUGGAACUAUCGGCACAUUAUUAUUAUUAUUCCUCACAUUUUUUAACAAUGGUAAUGCAUUGACAUGCUAUCAGUGUAACAGUGCAUAUGAUCCAAGAUGUGGUGAUCCUUUUGAUCCUUAUAGUUUAGGAACAGUAAAUUGCAGUUUUCAACCACGUUUGGAACAUCUCAAACAUCUCGAACCAACAGUUUGUCGAAAAAUUAGUCAAAAAACUAAUGGUGAAUUACGCGUUGUUAGAGGAUGUGGAUUUAUAAAUGAUGAAGAAACUGACAAUAAAGAAUGUCAAAGAAGAGUAGGAACGCACGAUGUUAAAGCAUUUUAUUGCGCGUGUAACACUGAUCUUUGUAAUUCAGCUUACACUAAAUUGCCAUCAAAUACAAUUAUAGGAAUUCUCGUUUAUUUAUUAACAAUGAAAGCGAUCAAUUAGCCUCAUGAAAAAAAAAAAUAAACAAAUAAAUAAAAGCCUAAUUGCUUCAAUUUAUAUAUAUAUAAUGCUGCCGUUGUUUGAUGAAUAUAAUUAUUGAAUAUGACUCGAUAAGGAUUUAACGCCUAGAAGACUGAGGGAUAGGCCUAUAAAAGAUAUCAUUAGAGCUAAAAAAAAACAGUGAUUUUAUGAAAAAUCCAAAUGUGUAUAAGUGAUUUGAAAAAGCACCUAUAAAUUUCAAACAAGAAAUGUUCCUGUACAUCUAAAAAAUUAAUAAUUUUUACAAAAUGUUAAAAAAUUUACAAUACAUAUUCUAUUAUUGAAGAAAGAGAUUUCCAAAUGCAAGUAUUCAGGGAUUUGUAAAAAGAUAGAAGUAAGAUCGUUUUGUAAAGAAAAUAAUAUCUAUUUAAAAAACAGAGCGAAAGAAUUUAUAUGCGCGAUAAAAGGAAUUAAAAAGUUUUGGGAGUCAGGGUAAAAGUUAUCAAAAAAAUAUAUAUUGUCUAUUUUAUAAAUUAUUCUAAAUAAGAAAACACGAUUUUUAACACAAAAUGUUUGUUCAAUUACCGUGAAUGUAUAUGAGAGAACAGAUAUAUAUAUAUAUAAUCAUAGAGCAUAUAUAUUAAUUUCUUUUAAUCAAAAAUAUUUUUAUUCUCUCAAAAGAGAAUUCGAUUUUAACGAAUUUGUUAUCAAUAUAUGGACAGAACACCAAGAGGGCAUUAUAAAAAAAAAGAAAAUAAUAAGUUUUCACAAUUUCAAUAAUUUUGCCGUAUAAUUUUUCCCCGAUAAAGAAAGUACAUUUCAAAACAGAAAGUUUCCUUUUUAUAUUAAAAAAAAAAAAAUUAAAAAAUAGUAUAUAAUAAUUUUGGGGAUUGUAUACAAAUAUAAUAAAAGAGAAAAAAACAACGAGAACUAUAUAUAAAAAAAAAAAAUUAUAAAUAACGCAACAAAUUUAAGUCAAAUUGUCAGUUGUAUUCCUUUAUAGUCUAUAAUUACCCAAUCAAUAUUAUUAUUUAAUAAUAAUAGUAUUAUCAAAACAAAAGAAAAAAAUAAUAAUUGAAAUAUGCUCACAAUAAUUUUUUCAAUUAAUAUUUACCAAUUAAUAUUUUAAUAAAUAAAAUUAUUUAUUUAAAUUAUAUACCAGUUUGCAAAAUUACAAUAAAAGAAAUCCUAUAUAUAUAUAUACAUUAAUUAAUUAGACAAUUUUUUUUAAUCAUUUUUGCUUAAUCCACUGUUUUUUGUUUUAAAAUACUAAAAAAAUUGACUCUCAGUGGAUAAAUCAACUAAAAAAUAAAUAUUCUACAUUUCAAUAAAUAAACAAAAUCAAAAUGAUUAAAUUGACUUAUAUAAUAUUUUAGAUGCACUGUAAUAAAAGAAAAGUAAAUUAAAAAAAUAGUUUUCAAAAAAAAAAGUAUAUAAUUAACUAAAAAUUUAAUUUCUAAAUAUUGUUGUUUUUUGAUAAAUUUAUUGCAAAAAGAAAAAAAAAUUGAUAGAUUAGAUUUAUUGAAUUUAAAAAGAAAUUGUUAAAUUUUUGAAACAAAUAAUAAUAAAUAAUAAAAUAUUAAAUAUUCUUUUAUAGGAAGAAUGAAAAAAUGUAAUUUCGCUUCUAAAAUGCUGGUAAAAUUAAAAAAAAAAAAAAAAAAAAGUUUGUCCUAGUUGCUUCCACCUUUCAUAAACAAAACGUCCUUUCUCAUACGUCCGAAAGUAAAUUCAUUAAAACAUAUAUAUGAAAAAGAGAGACA